UCAGUCUGUCAUGCCGAUUAGUGUACAUGGAAUCCACAUAUGCAGGAGGAAAAGAGGGUGGCUGAGGCGCGAUCGACGUCAGCCAGGACGUGCAGGGUUUCUGGUCGCGCCUCGACAGCACACCUAGGCUUUAUAGCAUCAGUGAAUAGGCUUCGUCCAUCGACUCGCCCACCAUGUCCGGAGUAGCAAAAUAAAUAUUGAUACCAUCAAGGUACAACGAUGACUGAGUCUCUGCAGACAGCGGCAGAGCGCCGCUUUCUGCGGCCCAGUCUACGGUCGGUGACAAUGAUACAACCGAAGACUGGCGAGCGCGUCAAACGUAGCUUCACGCUCCGACGAUCCUUCCACCGCAACACUGAAUCUUCCGAGUUCCUUCUUGCGCCUGGCCAGUUCGAUCCUGCACGACAUGCAGAAAUGGGGAGGUUCGAACGGGUUUGGGAGGACUUCAAGUUCCAACUACGACAAGCCUAUGCGUACGCGAUCUCUCCGACUGGUAUUGGCAUACUGAAGUGCUCGCUGGCAUACAUCUUGGGCUCGUUGGCUACACUCGUCCCUCAAAUCGCUGGGUUGCUUGGCAAGAACGAUGGAAAGCACAUGGUUGCCACCAUCACAGUCUACUUUCACCCUGCGCGCUCAGCUGGUAGCAUGAUCGAGGCCGUCCUACUGGCCUUCGCGGCCUUUCUGUACGCUGCCUUCGUGUCUUUUUCCAGUAUGGCAGUAUCUGCCUGGUUUGGGCAUCAGCACCUUCUGAUCGUAGGGCAUAUAAUCGUCCUCAUUGUCUUUAUUGGCGCUGGACUGGGACUUGUGGGCUGGACCAAACACAAACUGGGGAAUCCACUGGUCAACGUUGCCUGCUCUUUGACAUCUCUUGCCUUGAUCACGGUGUUGACCAAAGAGGGAGCUGUGCAGAACGCAACCUUUUCGUACGUCAAGAUUUGGCAAGUGCUAAAGAUGAUCAUCAUGGGGUGUACGGCGUCAGCAGCGGUGGCUCUCCUGGUCCGACCAACAUCGGCGCGGACAGGGUACCGUGACACAUUCAUCCAAUCGACCGAUGCGAUGGCUGAGAGCCUCAACUCUAUUGCUCGUAGCUUCCUCUCUGGUGCCGAGCAAGACCUGAGAAGUGAUUCUUUCGUGAGAGCUUCCAACAAGAGCCAGUCGGCAUACAAGCUGCUCGUGAAGAACCUAGGAGAGGCCAAAUUCGAACACUAUGUGCUUGGCACAGAAGAAGAAUACAAGAUCAGCGCACGGCUUGUCAAGUGCCUUGAGAAGCUGAUCCAAAGCAUUGGUGGCUUGAGGAGCGCAGCAGAAACACAAUUCACACUGCUCGCCCAAUCCAGCACAAGCGCUGGCACACCCUCUGAUAGUAUGCCUGUGAACGGCACAGUCACUUCAUCCAUCUUCUCUGAGCACACUCUGUCGCAAAGCCCGCCUCAGCUACACUCCCCCAGUCUCAGUCACAUGGAAAGACGCACAAGCAUAUUAGCUUCUAUCGAUGAAGUUCCUGAGCCUACCACAGGCGACCCGUCAGUGCAGCCUUCCGCCGAUGUUUCAGACGAUGAGUCUAGCAACCGUGAUUACUCUUCUAGGCUGCCGAGCUUUGUGCAAUCCGAUCUCACCCCUGCGGACAUGUUUUCUGUCUUCAUUGCACACUUGGGACCUCCUAUGAAAUCGUUAACGUACACACUACGCGAAGUGCUGUCAGAACUUCCGUUCGGACCAGGGCCAGACUACAACAUGACUAUCAAUGAACACUUCCGACACAGCCUCGUGGACGCAAAAGCGCUAUUCUCGAACGCAAAGCGUGAUGCGCUCGACGUUGUAUACAAGACAAAAAUACCCCUCAAGACUGGUUCAGCGGCGGUCGCUGCAGAUUUUGAGGAAGUGGCAGCAAGCUGCGGUUAUUUCAGUUCUUCGCUAGAGGACUUCGCCGAAGACAUGGUGACCUUCCUGGACGUACUCGAGGAGUUGAAGUCAAACGUCAAUCGAUACCCUCGUCGGAGGAGCUGGACAUGGCUCAAGUUUUGGCAAAGAGGACGCAAGAGCAAACGAGCACAUGGUGAUGACUCAGAGAGCUCAAGCCUGAUCGAUGAAAGCACCAACCAGACACCAGGCGGGUCGCAUGAGAUCCAUAAUCCUAUAUACCGCAGGUCCACGCGUGGCGACCCUUAUAAAUCUGAGAAAGAGCAGCCAUUAUCGUACCGUACUUGGGUUGCGCUGUCUGUCUUCAGAAGAGAUGAUCUGAAGUACGCGGUCAAGGUCGGUAUUGGAGCGGUGCUUUAUGCCAUGUGGGCAUUCUUCCAGCCAACACGCGAACUGUACGGGCAUUGGCGCGGCGAGUGGGGCCUUUUGUCUUACAUGCUGGUGUGCUCUAUGACCAUUGGUGCAUCCAACACGACCGGAUUCCAUCGAUUUUUCGGCACCUGUCUUGGAGCUGUGUACGCAAUCAUCGCCUGGAUCGUGGCUGACGAGAGUCCUUGGGUCCUCGGCUUUUUUGGCUGGCUUGUCUCUCUGAUGUGCUUCUACAUCAUUGUUGGCAAAGGCAAGGGGCCUAUGGGACGAUUCAUCUUGCUCACUUACAACCUGUCAGCGCUUUAUGCCUACUCACUAUCGGUCAAAGACGAGGACGAAGACGACAACGACGAAGGUGGCAUCUCCCCUGAGAUAUGGGAGAUUGUGCUGCACCGUGUAGUAGCUGUCAUGGCCGGCUGCAUUUGGGGUAUCAUAGUCACCAGGCUCAUUUGGCCCAUUUCUGCCCGACGAAAGUUGAAGAAGGGCACUUCAUUGUUAUGGCUCAAGAUGGGGUUGAUCUGGAAACGGGGUCCGCUCAAGACACUGCUGGAAGCCAAUCUUGGCGACACUCACAAGCCUUACUCUUACAUGAGUGAACGCGAGGAGUUCGAGUUGCGCCGCUUCCAGCGCCAUCUAGAAUCCUUGUGUGUUGCUGCAACGUUCGAGUUCGAGCUUAGAGGCCCGUUUCCUGUUAAAAGCUUCCAGGUUAUUAUGGGUGCAACGAGUCGUAUUCUUGACAGCAUGCACGCCAUGAACGUCAUCAUACUGAAGGACUUGAAGGCUUCUGAAGGAGAAAAGGAAGUGCUGAAGUAUACAAGGAAGGAGUGGACCGAACUCAGCUGGCGAAUUAGUCAUUUAUUCUCUGUUAUGGCAUCCUCGAUGAAGUUGGCGUACCCGCUAAACGAUGUGCUGCCAAAUGUUGAGCACACGAGAGACCGACUACUAGCAAAAGUGUUCGAGUUCAGACAGACAGGGCUUGGCAAAGUCAUAGCCAAGGAUGAAGACUACGAGCUAUUGUAUGCUUAUGCUUUGGUGACUGGCCAGCUGGCACAUGACCUGGGCAUUAUUGGCCAAGAGAUUGAGAAGUUGUAUGGUGUUUUGAGUGAAGAGGACCUCAAAUUGCAGUAGACUGUAUGUAGUGAUCAAAUGCAACACUUGGACUGCGGAGAGAUCAGCUGCAGAGGGACUGGACGCAAGUCUUGAAGGCUUUCUGUUGACUCAAAGCGUGGUGCUUUCCUUGCAAGAUCCAGCCCUGUUUGCACACCCAUGCGAGUUGUUAAUCGGUGGCUGCUGCGUCAGGUGUCAUUAGUAACUUGCGAGACGGUGUUCAACGUACUCCCAUGCUUUGGUGUAUUUGCGACCCU